CUUGGCCAAGCUGGCUCUCAAAUAAAAGAUAUUCUAAACCCCACGGCCUUGGAGAGGAAGUACAACCCCAGCGCGCGCCGGAGACAAAUCGCAAGGCAGGGACAAGCCCGCCCUGGAGGCUGUAGCCAGAGACCCAGGACCAGAAACGUAAUGAUGCGGUUAUACCAGAAAACCUUCUAUCACUACUUCAAAAACCUACCCUAUGCCUAUAAUCGGAAUUACACCUACCUCUGCUGCCAAGUGGCUCCAGUUAGCGGUGGCUCAUCUGUCCCCUGGCACACGAGGAUCUUUCGAAACAAGGGCUUCAGAGAUGGCACCUACCAACACGCAGAACUCCAAUUCCUCCACUGGUUCCCGAGCAUAUUGAACGGUCAUGAGCAUUACCAUGUUACCUGGUUCAUAUCCUGGAGUCCCUGCUUCUUCUGUGCAGAGCAGGUGGUCAACUUUCUGCUGAAGUACAAGAACAUUACCCUGAGUAUUGCCAUGGCCCGCCUCUAUCACUUCAUGAAGCCAGAAAGCCGUGAUGGGCUUCGGAUGUUGUACCAACAAGGGGUCAAGCUGAAAAUCAUGUCCUUCCAAGACUUCAGAAACUGCUGGGAAGACUUCGUAUACCAUCAGAACAAGGAUUUCAAACCUUGGAAGAUGCUGAAUAGAAAUCAUAGGCAUUUUGAUGACGAGCUCCGUAAGAUUCUCAGGACCAGUUCAGACAGCAGCAGUGCAGGGAGCAGCCCCACACUGGCAGCAGGCACCCAAGGGAACGAGAAGGUCAUUGCAAGAAGGAUUCUGGGAACGGUGAAGUGGUUCAACGUGAAGAAUGGCUAUGGCUUCAUCAACAGGGAUGACACUUUGGAAGAUGUGUUUGUCCACCAAACUGCCAUAACCAAGAACAACCCCAGGAAGUACCUUCGCAGUGUGGGAGAUGGAGAGUCUGUGGAGUUUGAUGUGGUUAUAGGGAAAAAGGGCACGAAAGCAGUGAAUGUCACGGGCCCCGGAGGCGUGCCAGUGCAAGGCAGCAAAUAUGCACCGGACAGGUACAGGUAUGGCUGCCCACACCACAGGGGCCCUCCACGCACUUACCUGCAGAGCCGCCAGCAUAGCCAGAGCCAGGGGCGCAGCACAGGGCGGGGGAGGGCUCUGAUGGGCCAAGUCCAGCAGCCCCCGCCCUACCCCGGGCAGUGGUUUGCACCUUGCUACAUGCUGAGGCCCUGUGGGCCGAGGCCACAGUACCCCAUCCCUCCUGCGCGGAGAGCCCUGAUGACCCGUGCUGAUUAUCAGCAAGGUCGACCUAUGAGGCAAAGCGUGUAUCGGGGUUACUGACCACAAUUCCACCAGGCCCCCCUCACCAAAGACAACUGAGAGAGAGGUAGUCUAGAGAGGACGGCAGUGAGGAAGACAAGAACAGGUCAGCAAGUGAGACCUCAGGCUGCAGCCACCAUCUAUAACUUCAAUGAUCAUUGCAGAAAACCCCGAACUACAAGGUGGUAAAGAGACAAACGCAGCCCAGCGUCGCCACCACUGUCCGGUUGAGUCAUCCAACAAGACAAAAUGAGCGUGAAACUGCUGCUGUGAGAAGUGAACCGAAGGCCUUGCUUUUUGCCCAGUGGCCAGACAGCCAGAACUAUCUGCCUUAUCUGUGUAGCCUGGGUUUUUAUGUUAUUUUUUUUACCUAAAAACUUCCCCUUUUUUACAUUUCUUUAUUUGGAACUAAUGGUUUACAGUCAACAGUAAAAUACAAUAGUUUGUACAUGCGUAAAAAACUUUUUUAUAUAUAUAAUGAUGGACCUGUUAAAAAAGAAAACACUGGUUUUUAAAUUGUUUCCUAUCUGAUCAAGUUGAGAUUUUUCUUAAGGCCUCCCUUUUUAAUUUGUAAUAAAAGUUUACAACUGGA